GAAAGAGAUAAAAAAAAAAAAAGGUUAAGGCUGAACCAGGUCGGACAUCGGUUGACCGUUGCUUAAUUGAGUUUCCCUUCCACAUUUAGCUUCUCCAAAGAAACCCUUCAUUCCUCUCUACUACUUUGCUAUUACAACUACUACGCAGUAGGGAUUCUACGUUACUUUCUACAAGUGCGCUGGGAGCGCGACUUUUCCCCAUUAUCAUAUCACAAAGACAUGCCUCUUUGUUGAUCUUCUUUCUUACUAUACCUAGCUACCAUCAUCGCUACAAGUUAUUGCCUCACCUUGAAUGGAUACGACUAGUUGUCCGCACUCCUAUCGCCGUCUAUAGUCAUCACAUACAAUAACAAAUACGAUACCUCAAAUUGAAUUGUACUCUAGUAAACCUCAGCUCGGGUAGCUGUGAUGCGGACUCCAAUCUCGGACGGCGACAUUAUUCAACUUGACGAAGGGUAUCAACAUUGCAUACAGGUCUAGCUAUCGAAAUGUCUCACAGACCUCAUCCUCUCCGCCAGUCAUAUACUGUUGACUACACAACUGUCAAUUCCGUCAAUCGUCAAUUGUCCACCACAUCGUCGUCUGCCUCUUCUGGCUACACAAACAGUUCUUACAACUCCGACCAUUACGAAUUCGGUCCGCCCAGCGCAAGUUCGUCCGUAACCUCGAGUGGACACGACACAUCCGCUUUUCUACACAAACGUGGUAAAAGUGAGGCUGCAAUUCGACAUCCGUCCCCCCGAUCAAGCAUAUAUGAUGAGCCAAAGAAAAGUCCUGAAAACAUGUACAACUUAGCGAGGCAGUCCUUGCGCCCGCUUCCGCAAACACCCAGCCCGGGAUCGUCACCGGAGAAAACACCACCUCGCCGUGACCACCAUGAGCGAGGACAAAGUGUUGACAUAGGCAGACUUUCUUUAUCCAAUGGGAGAACCUCACCUACCCCCCAGAGCAAGUCGCCGAAUUCCCGACCUACUUCAAUGUUGCUCACACGAUCCGACUCAAUACGUCCCAAUGCACCUGGUACUUUAACGCAUUCACCUCAGGCCUUGGUUCACCCCACUUUUGCUGCUCCCGAUCUCCAACAAUUGGGCCGCUCAUCUACCAACCAAUUGCGCACCUUAUCAAAAUUGGCUCAAGAUAGUUCUGCUGACGAAUUUGCCCUUACUUCCCAAGCUCAGGAGGUCGUCGGUCUACGUGGACGAAGAAGGCUGCAGCGAGCAGGUAACGCGGUUGGCGCUAGAAACGGACAACGCGGUGAUCGCUAUGGCUUCGAAGGACGCAAUUGGAUGGAUAAGCAGAGACAAUUUCUCCAAGCAUACGAAUAUCUUUGUCACAUUGGUGAAGCCAAGGAAUGGAUUGAAGAUGUCAUUCAUCGCCAAAUCCCACCUAUUGUUGAACUGGAAGAAGCGUUAAGAGAUGGCAUCACCCUAGCCGAGGUAGUAGAAGCCUUAAAUCCUACUCGACGAUACCGUAUAUUCCGACAACAGCGACUCCAGGCGAGGCAUUGGGAUAAUGUUGCUAUAUUCUUCCGAUACCUCGACGAGGUCCAACUUCCUGAUCUCUUCCGAUUUGAGCUUAUUGAUCUCUACGAGAAGAAGAACAUUCCGAAAGUUAUAUACUGUAUCCACGCUCUCAGUUGGCUCUUAUUCCGGAAAGGAAUAGUAGACUUCAGAAUAGGCAACUUAGUUGGUCAAUUGGAAUUCGAGCAUCACGAAUUGGAGGCUAUGCAAAAGGGCUUGGACAAACUUGGUGUUAAUAUGCCCAGUUUUGGAAAUAUGGGCGCCGACUUUGGUGUAGAACAACCACCCGAACCCGAGGAAACCGAAGAGGAACGAAUCGAUCGCGAGCUAGCUGAGAACGAAGCAGCAAUUGUCGACCUCCAAGCACAGAUGCGAGGCGCCGUGCUUCGACUACGUCUUGGCAAUAUCAUGCAGCACCUAUGGGACUCCGAAGAUUGGCUCGUCGACCUCCAGGCACGUAUUCGCGGCGAUUGGACCCGCCAGGUUAUGGGCUACAGACUUGAAAUGCGGAGAUUUGCUGUCAACCUCCAGAGCGCUGCUCGCGGAUUCCUAGUUCGGAAUAGAAUGGCAAAUAGAGAACACUUCUGGAAGAGCAAGGAAAAGGAUAUCACAAAACUUCAGAGCUUAAUACGGGCUGCGAAAGCCCGUAACGAGGUACGAGAAACUCGUUCUCAAUUAUCACGAGCGGAUGGACCUGUGCGAAGUAUUCAGGCUGUGUUCCGAGGCUAUCUAGCGCGUGAGAAAUAUGCUUCUCAGCAACAGGAGACGAGUCGCAUGACUGGUCCGGUAUUGGAACUUCAGUCCGCAAUACGAGGAAUGUUGGCGAGAGAAAGAGUUGGACGAGAUCUUCAUUUCCUCGGAGAAGAGGCCGAAGCCAUUACUGGCUUACAGGCCGCCGUCAGGGCGAUGCUGACCAGAAGCCAGAUCCACCAGCAACGCGAAGCGCUCGCGAGCUUUGGUCCGAAAUGGGAAUCCAUCCAGGCAAUCUGCCGUGGGAACCUACUUCGACAAGAUAUUCAAGCGACAAAAGCCGAGCUCGCAGAAAACGUCCCCGAAAUCGGGAUGCUUCAAGCUCAUAUUCGCGCCGCAGCAGUGCGCCGAGAUGUUACCGAAACUCUCGAUGCUUUGAACGAAAAUGAACCCGCUAUCCUGGAUCUUCAAUCCAUGAUCCGAGGUAUGCUCGAGAGGCAACGAAUAGCCGCUGAUCUCGACUCCCUUGAAAACAACACCUCGGAAAUCAUCGACCUCCAAGCUAGAAUUCGUGGCUCUCUGUUCAGGGAACAACAUCAUCUACUCCUUGACGAACUCAAAUCACACGAAGAUGAAGUUAUCGAAUUACAAGCCCUUGCCCGAGCUAUGCUUCUGCGUAAUGACGUCGGUUUGCUAUUAGGUGAACUUGACGAGCAUGAAGACGCGGUUGUUGAAUUGCAAGCUUUCGCUAGAGGCUUUAUUGUUCGAGAAAAAUUCGCAGCAAAGAAGAAGCAUUUCGAAGAAAAUAUGCAAAAAGUUGUCAAGCUUCAAAGCUUCGUUCGCGCCAAGCUUCAAGGUGAAGCAUACAAGAGUCUUACAACUGGAAAGAAUCCUCCGGUCGGCGCAGUAAAGAAUUUCGUACAUUUACUCAACGACAGUGACUUUGACUUCAACGAAGAGGUAGAAUUCGAGAGAUUGCGAAAGACAGUGGUUCAACAGGUCCGCCAAAAUGAAAUGCUCGAGCAGUAUAUCGACCAAUUAGACAUCAAGAUUGCUCUCUUAGUGAAGAACAAAAUUACUCUUGACGAAGUCGUGCGACAUCAAAACACGUUUGGUGGCCACACUAGCAGUUUAUUGGCUAAUGCUUCCAUCGCAUCCGUCAACCAGUUCGAUUUGAAAGCCUUAAACAAGAAUUCAAGGAAAAAGUUGGAAUCUUACCAGCAACUGUUCUUCAAUCUCCAAACCCAGCCACAAUACUUGGCACGACUUUUCAGAAGGAUAAGAGAAUUGGGUACCGCUGAGAAAGAAUGCAAACGUAUAGAACUUCUCAUGAUGGGUCUCUUCGGAUACGCACAAAAAAGAAGAGAAGAAUACUAUUUGUUGAAACUCAUCACAAGGUCAAUACGAGAAGAGGUGGAUGCUUGCAAUUCUAUUCAAGAAUACUUGCGCGGCAACUUUUUCUGGUCGAAGCUCCUAAGCAACUACACUCGAUCUCCACGAGACAGAAAAUACCUAAGGGAUCUCCUCGGCCCAUUAAUACGAGACAACAUCAUCGAGGACCCUGACCUAGACUUAGAAAGCGAUCCAAUGCAAAUUUACCGAUCUGCUAUCAACAAUGAGGAGCUUCGCACAGGACGACCAAGUCGAAGGCCGCUUGAAAUCACGCGAGAUAUCGCAAUCAAGGACCCAGAGACGCGCGAGCUAUUCAUUGACCAUCUUCGAGACCUCAGAGAGAUUUCAGACCAGUUCUUCUUGGCGCUAGAAGACCUUCUACCGCGAAUGCCAUAUGGUUUAAGAUUUAUUUGCCAACAAACAUUUGAAGCGUUGGCACAACGCUUUGAACGUGAACCUCAACACCAUAUUCUCCAAAUCGUCGGAAACUGGAUUUGGCGCUUUUACCUCCAACCAGCAUUGGUCAAUCCUGAGCAAGUGGGUGUGAUUGAAAAGAGUCUUAGCCCUCUCCAGAAGCGCAACCUCAGUGAAGUCGCCAAAGUUCUAGGUCAGAUCGCCUCAGGCCGCCCAUUCGGUGGUGACAAUAUUUACCUACAGCCUCUCAAUGCCUUUAUUGGAGAAUCGAUGGAACGUCUUGCUCACAUUACAAGCAACCUAAUUUCUGUUCCCGACGCUGAGAGUACUUUCGACAUUGACGAGUUCAAUGACCUUUACGCCAAAAAUAGGCCGACUCUAUACAUCAAAAUGACUGAUAUCUUCGCUAUUCAUUCCCUUGUUGCGAAUGAAAUACCAACGCUCUGCCCGAACCGCGAUGAUGUGCUCCGUGAGAUCUUGCAAGAUUUAGGAAGUGCAAAGAACAACGAGAAUGAAAUGAAUGCAGCCGGUUCGUCGGACAUUCAAAUGUUCCUUACUCCGAAACUCCAUGAUAUUGACGAUCCGGAGGCCGAUAUUAAAGCUCUAUUUAUGGAAACUAAGCGUUGCAUCUUGUACAUUAUUCGUGUACAGACGGGCGCCAACCUCCUAGAGAUUCUCGUCCGCCCACCAACCCGCGAGGACGAGAUCAAAUGGCAAGCACUCUUACGCGAUGACUUCGCUUCUGGUAGCAACACUAAAGGAGCAUACUCGGAUGUCAACAUGAUCGAUGUUACACGAAUGUCUUACUACGAUAUGAAACGUAAUGCUUUGGAAAACAUCAUGCACCUAGAACAAAUGGGUCGCGUCACAAAGCACAACUUCUAUCAAGAUAUCUUAAAUGCUAUUGCACUUGAUAUCCGCACAAAGAGCCGUCGCAGGAUACAACGUCAACGCGAAUUAGAAGGAGUACGAGCCACUCUUGGAAACUUGCACGAGAAAGCCACGUACCUAGAACAGCAGCGCAAGAGCUACGAUGACUAUAUCGAGCAGGCUAUGGCUACGCUGCAAAAGAACAAAGGGAAAAAACGAUUCCUGCUGCCCUUCACGAAACAAUACAACCACCAGCGAGAACUCGAACGUUCCGGUCGCGUUCCCAAAUUUGGCUCUUACAAGUACAGCGUACGAGCUCUUGCCGAGAGGGGUGUUGUCGUAUCAUGGCAAGGAGUUUCGGAACGUGAUUGGAGUAAUAUUAAUCUUACAAUCUCGUGUGACGAGGUGGGUGUGUUCAACAUCGAAGGUAGCCGAGGCCACAUCCAAAUCCCCGGAGCUAGCGGCCAAAUUCCGAUCGAAGAUCUUUUGCAGGCACAGUUUGAGUCACGCCAGUUCAUGAACAUUUUUGAGGGCAACUUAAGACUCAACGUCAAUAUUUUGCUGCAUUUGUUGUACAAGAAGUUCUACCGAACACAAUAAGUUUUUAGAGCAGAAGGCUCUUUGGAGGGACUUGCCCUAGGAACCAAUUUAGUACUUCAUGACGAUCAUUUUGAGACGUUUGAGACGUUUGAGACGAAGGAAUAUAAUGGAAUGCUUGGAGCUCGGAGCUUAGGGCCUGGAUGACUUGGUUCGCGGUUUAAGGGCGGAGGAGAAUGGUGUUCUAGGGAACGAAGGUUUGGGUUUCGUUACUUGGUACUGCGCAUCGCAUUCUAAUUCUGAAAGUCAUCAAAUUCAAGCCAAAUCAAGUUUCUUGUGCAAGGGGUGGGAAGGAGGGAUAUCUAUAUCUAUACAUCGAAGGGGGUUGAUCGAUUGGAGCUGGUAAAGCUGGUUUGGUAUGUUUAUGGAAAAAUCCCGACUUCACGUACUUUUUUAUUCAUAUUCAGUGAAUGAAUGAAAUUCUUGGUACGCAUACUUUUUUACAAUGCUGGUUGGAAAGGAAGGGAGGGAGGGUUCUUCAAAGUUUGAUACCAGCAAUGACGAACGAUUCAGGUAGCAUAAGUUAGGUAGUUAGGUAACUUAGAGACAUGCUCAUGAUGUUACGGCAAUGAAAAAAAAACGUAUUUAUAAUGGAAA